CUGUCACUGUGCAUGUAGUGGUACGCGCGUGAUUUUGAACAAAUAGCCGCAAUGGAAAUCUGCAAAUUCGCUUCAAUGUGAUUUCUUUCUGAUGUUAACCUAUUCUACAAGGCCGUGACACAGAAAAGUUGAUAUAAUCAUGGCAUCUUCAGGGUCCCAGACAAGGAGUAGAGCCAAGGAAGAAGCAGCUAAGACUGGCAAGACUGAUCCUGUGGCAGUAAUCCAAGCAGAAUUAGACAGUCUGAUUGCAAAGUCUAGCAGUGACACAAGUACAUCAUCUCCUUCCAAAGCGACCAAGCCCACCACAGCAAUCAUAACAGCUACUACUAGUGAGACUACUGUUUCAUCUUUACCCACUGAAGUCAGAGUGUCGUCAAGUGGAAAUCCGACACAAGUUAUAACUCUUCCUCCAGGGUCACCGGUGGGUAAGACGAUACAAAACAUUGUUAAGCGGAGCAUACCAUCUUCAACCUCUGGUCAAGUUGUUACCAAGGUAAUAAUAACACGGAACCCUUCAGGCAAACAGUCACUAGCUAGUACAGCUGGACUUACCACUGCAACAGUAACCAAGAUGACCACAGGUGCAGCUCAGACCACUGGAGGAAGGCAGUUACUGUCCUCCGGAUCACCGAUCAAGCUUAUUCCCAUCUCUCAACAAGGCAUGGUUCCCCAACAGGGAGUAGUCCAAAAAGGCAUCGUCAUCACAACAUCCCCGGCAAAACAAAAUGUGACCAAAGUUCCAAUUCCAAUGAUGAAAAGUCCAACAAAGACUGGAGUAAGUAUAAUACCAAAGAAAAUAGCUCCUUGCCCAACUCCACCACAAGGACUGAUCGUCAAGACAUGCUCAGGUACAACGAAAGGUGGAGUCUCAUUGACAUCUGUGUCUGGGGUCAAGACAGUCGCUAUGGUUGCAAACACGGUGUCAAGCCAGGGUCAGACAAAGACUAUUCAGAUACAGCCAGCUAUCCAAUCACAGAGUAAACAACCCAUCAGUACCAACAUUACAGCUACAUCUAAAGCAGGCCUAGUGACUACCCCAGCUACUACUGUACAGUCAGUCAACGUCCCUGGCUCCAAGUUCUCCUACAUUAGACUGGUGACUGUAACUGCAUCAAGUGCAGCAACUACCCAAUCGAAACCUGUGAUGGUGACCACGACUGCUAAACCAAUUGCUCCCGCUGUGACAUCAGUAAAUAGUAUUGUCAGACCUGCCAUAAACCCAGUCAAGGUGAAUGUGCCUAUUGCACCGGCACAGGUAAGCAUGGCAAGCCGGAGCAAUGUUACCCAGGCUGCAACAGGUUCCGGUCAGAAUCGAAUGAUCAUGCCAGCCAAUACCCAGCUAAAGAUUAUAAACCCAGUAACAGGAGAGACAAGGUUUGCUGCAUUCCCACCAGGUACAACACUACUGGCACCAUCUGGUAAUAUCCUACAAAGCUUUGCUAUGGUUCCAAUGGUUCAGCAGCAGGUAGUGACGCAGGCUAAACCAGUGGCACCCCAGAACUUUGUUUCUUUAGCUCCUUCUGGUGGAGUUCCUCAAGCUCCUACACCAAGGCCACAUUCUCCACCACCACCCAGUCGGAUCAUUAAUGGGAGGCGUUCAAUACCCAGUGAUGCUGAUCAGAGACCCCGUAAACCAUGCAACUGCACCAAGUCACAAUGCUUGAAAUUGUACUGUGAUUGUUUUGCCAAUGGUGAAUUCUGCAACAGUUGUAAUUGCAACAAUUGCUAUAAUAACUUAGAACAUGAAGAUGACAGGGCCAGAGCAAUAAAAGCAUGUCUUGACCGUAACCCUAAUGCCUUCAAACCCAAGAUAGGCAAAGGACGUAAUGGAGAGUUGGAUAGAAGGCAUAACAAGGGAUGUAACUGUAAACGUUCAGGGUGUCUCAAGAAUUACUGUGAGUGUUAUGAGGCAAAAAUCUUGUGCUCCAAUAACUGCAAGUGUGUCGGAUGCAAGAACUUUGAGGAGAGUCCAGAACGUAAGACGUUGAUGCAUCUUGCAGAUGCUGCAGAGGUACGGGUUCAGCAACAGACAGAUGCUAACACCAAACUACAGUUUCAAGACUUCCCAUCAAGGCCUGCUACUGUCAAUGAUUCUGGAGAAAGGUUACCAUUUUCCUUCAUAACCAAUGACGUGGCUGAAGCAACCUGCCAGUGUCUAUUAGCUCAGGCAGAGCAGACAGAGCAAAAACAUCACUCACAAGCAAAAGCAGAAAAGUUGAUCUUGGAGGAGUUUGGCCAAUGCUUAUGGCAAGUUAUUGAUUCAGCUGGCAAAACAAAAGGAAUGUCGGCUUGAAUUCUUCACUCAUCUUGUAAAAUACUUUGGCGUUUGUACCAGCCAGAGAGUGUUGAGGGCAGUGCUGUUUGGCUGAAAGAUCUUCUUACAUCAUAGCUAUGGUAUCAUCAAGAACACUUUAUUUCAUCAGUGAAUGAACAGGGCCCAAUUUCAUGGCUCUGCUUACCUCUGAAUUCUGUGCUUUCGACCACCAUUCUCUGCUUGUGCACGGCAAGCGCCGAAUUUGUGCGCUAGCUGUUUAAGUGUAGAAUGCCUUAUAACAUGGGGUAGGCAUGUGCACAAGCCAAAAUUCUCUGCUAACCCUUGCUUAUGGUUAGCAGAACCAUGAAAUUGGGUCCAGAUUUGAUCAAGAAUGAUUGAUCUUGUUGUGGGAUUGCUUGUAUUACCUGGAGUAAAUGAACCAAUACUGUGAUUUCCAUGUACAUGGCAUGUUUGAUAUUACCUGAUGUGUACAAGAAACAUACUGUUGACAUGAUAAAGCAUGCUUAAUUAUCUACAUGAGUUUAAAAACUUGUCAUUACUGUACAGGAAUAGUCUGUUUUCUCACAGACUAAACCCUUGACACAACUUGAAACUAAAACAACUUUUGUCUUGCAUUACUAAGUAGUGUUUAUUAGUGUACAAACUGAGGACACCCCUUUGUCCUCGCAUUGUUUGGACUUGGGUUUUCUUUUAGCAAUGUCCCAAUAAGUUUUGUACACAUCACAGAGCGAGCAAGGACUGUCCCCUUCUGUCAUUUUCCCAGAUCCCUUUUGUUAAAAUCCUUGGUUUGAAUGCGUAGACAUGUUUCAUGGUUAAACACUCCAUGCAACACAUAGUUAAUACGAAAAGGUGCACACACUCACAAGUUUUUUUGCACACAUGGUUGUGGGGACUUGCUAUACGCCUCUCUUAAUAUUUAUGCAUGAGGUACGUCACAAUGCUAUUUCAAAAGGAGGCAAAG